GUCAGAGCAGCUGCCCAUAGGUGGCGAUGUGGGCGCUGUACAGCACCAAAGGGAGUUCCACCAGGCCUUUAUGGAGGAUGUGAAGUCCCGCGGGCCCUUCAUCUACUCAGUACUGGAGUCCGCCCAGGCCUUUCUGGCCCAGCACCCGUUCCAGGAGCCUGAGGAGAGCCUGAGCGAUGGAAAAGAAGUGUCUCCGAGGCGACGCAUUCUCAAUGUGAGUCGAUCUGUAUGGAAGCAGGCGAACGUAGCCAGUGACCUGUGGGAGAAGCUGACAGCACGCUGUGUAGACCGUCACAGACACAUGGAGCGUACAUUGGAGCGAUUACUACAGAUCCAAGCUGCCAUGGAGGAGCUGGCUGUAGCAUUGGACCAGGCUGAGGGGGUCCGGGAUGCAUGGGAGCCUGUUGGAGACCUCUUCAUUGACUCCCUCCAGGACCAUAUAGAUGCCACCAAGUUGUUCAAGGAGGAGCUAACGCAGGUGAAGGAGGGCAUGAAGCACGUCAAUGACCUGGCACACCAGCUGGCCAUUUCCGAUGUUCAUUUGUCCAUGGAAAACGCACGCGCCCUAGAGCAUCUCAACAGCAGGUGGAAAGUGCUUCAGGGAUCCAUUGAGGAGCGACUGAAGCAGCUCCAGGACGCACACCGAGACUUUGGGCCCGGAUCGCAGCACUUCCUCUCCAGUUCAGUGCAGAUACCAUGGGAGCGUGCCAUCUCACCCAACAAAGUGCCCUAUUACAUCAACCACCAAGCCCAGACAACAUGCUGGGACCAUCCAAAGAUGACAGAACUGUACCAGGCGCUGGCGGAUCUGAACAACAUCAAGUUCUCGGCAUACAGGACGGCCAUGAAGCUGCGGCGGGUGCAGAAAGUGCUGAGAUUGGACCUGGUCGCCCUGGGCAGUCUGUCAGAGGUGUUCCGGGAGCAGGAGCUGCAGCAGCCUGACCAUGUGAUGGACGUGGUGGAGGUGAUCCAUGGGCUUACAGCGCUGUAUGAGCGACUGGAGGAAGAACGCUCUGUCAUGGUCAACAUACCCCUGUGUGUGGACAUGUGCCUCAACUGGUUGCUCAAUGUCUAUGACAGCCCUCGAAAUGGGAAGAUGCGUGUUCUGAGUUUUAAGAUGGGUCUGGUGAGUUUGUGCAACGCCGACGUCCAGGAGAAGUACAAAUUCUUGUUCCGUCAGGUUGCGUGUCCAGGUGGCACCACAGACCAGCGGCACCUCAGUAUGCUGCUCCACGAGGCCAUCCAGAUCCCCCGACAGCUGGGAGAGGUGGCAGCGUUCGGGGGCAGUAACGUGGAGCCCAGUGUCCGCAGCUGCUUCAGAGUGGCCCCAGGGAAAGCCACCAUUGAGGUGUCUCACUUCCUGGAGUGGACAAGCCUGGAGCCUCAGUCCAUAGUGUGGCUGCCCGUCCUGCACCGCGUGGCUGCGGCCGAGUCCACCAAGCACCAGGCCAAGUGCUCCGUGUGCAAGCAGUGCCCCAUCAAGGGCUUCAGGUAUCGCAGUCUCAAGCAGUUCAAUGUGGACAUCUGCCAGACCUGCUUUCUGACCGGACGCACAACCAAGGGAAAGAAGUUACACUACCCCAUCAUGGAGUACUACACCCCCACAACAUCAGGGGAGAAGAUGAGGGACUUCGCCAAGACUCUGAAGAACAAGUUUAGGUCAAAGCAGUAUUUUACCAAGCACCCACAGAGAGGCUACCUACCUGUACAGUCUGUGCUGGAAGUUGAGGCCUCCGAAACGUGA